AUGGCCAGCCACAUUAUCGGAAAUAGAAACAGCACUCCGGAGGCAUCCAAAGCAACUCUGCGACCUCCAUCAUCUGCCCGUAAUCUCGGCGGUUCUCAUCAGUUGAGGGCCUCUGCAGACAUGUCUGGUUUCCCGAGCCCGCUCUCGACGCGCAGCAUCCGUCCCUCCUCCGAAGUAUUCUUUAACCAGCAGUCACAAGGUCAGGGAAAUGCAGAUGAUGCCUUGGAUCAGGCCGCUCAACAAUGGAUUGCCGAUAUUGAUCAAUUUGAGACAACGUUGGAAGAAAUGGCGGCCGCAACCAUUGAUCAGGAUUUCAAAGACGAACUUAGUGCUAUCGAGCAGUGGUUCCGCGUUUUGAGUGAGGCCGAAAGGACUGCAGCUUUGUAUGCUCUGCUGCAACAGACCACUCAGGUGCAGAUUCGCUUCUUCAUCCAAGUCUUGCAACAAAUGGCAAAGAGCCACCCAAUGUCCGGAGUUCUCUCUCCGGCAAACUUUGGAGAGAAGGAUCCCAUGUCCAAUCGCUUGAGUGAUGCAAUGUCCAAAUUGAACAUCGCUGACGGCUCCCGUAAUUCUUUGGGGCGUCCUCCCCCAUCGCCCGGUGCGAAACGAAAUUCCGGUCUUGAUUCCUCCACCAUCAACGCAAUGUUCCCCGACGCAGCAGCUGCAAUUGCUAAGAAAAAGGCCGAGUUUACUCAACAGACCGGCAAUGCUCCUGCUUCGAACCGGAACAGUGCUGUCUUUGGCGGAGAUCGUUCGUCCCUGGUGGCACCGACUAUCUCUGCUCCUGACAGCAACAAACCGCCGUCUUCUCCAUGGGCUCAGCGAGCACCGGAGUUGCAACCCCCAAUUGCUCGUCCAAAAUCCUCGUCUGGACAACUGCAGCAACAGCCAAUGGGUCAGUUCAACCAACCAAAUGCGGGAGCUCUCCGCUCUCCGCAUAUUGCAAACGUGCAGAAUCAAACCAUUGCUGCUCCAGAGAUUUCUCACGACCCCCCUCUAUUGUCGCCUUACAACAUUGGAAACUCCAGCUGGGCUUCAAUGACCAACACACCUAUGGCCCCAACAUUCAAUACCCAACAGGCCGGUGCGACCCAGGCCGACAUGGUUGCAAAUGCUACCGCGAUGAAAUUAGCAGCCUUGUCGACGGUGAACAAUCGCAUUGCAUUGGACGAUGCUCGUAAAUAUCGCCGUGCGCGCUCAAACGACGGUCACGGAAAGAACUUUAACGCUGGUCAUCUUUCUCCUGGCCUCGGCCCUAGCAUACCCGGCGCGAACCUAGUCAUGGUCAAUGAUGCUGGUCAGGUUCUGAACGCGCAGCAAAUCGCUGCCCUUCAAGCCCAGCAGCAAGCUGCCUUGGCUGGUCGUAGGUCUCGCCCGAGUUCUCCUGGCAUUGCAUUGCAAGGUGCUCUUGGCCAGGUUGGCUUCACGUCUCCUCAAAACAAUGGUUUCUUGGCAGCCUAUGACCCCAACAAUGCUCUACUGGGAAACAACUUGAACUCCCUAGGUCUUGCGCAGUUUGGCAUGGGAUCCGAAGGUUAUCUAUCUGAUCACUCUGAGGUCCAGCGUGGACGAUCUCCACGUGGUCGGCGUGGGAGCUCAAAGCCACCUGAAGAUCCCACUGACCCCAACCUGCUCAAGGAUAUUCCGGCUUGGUUGCGCUCUCUCCGUCUGCACAAGUACACAGACAACCUGAAAGAUCUUAAGUGGACGGACCUGAUUGAGUUGGACGACAAGGGACUGGAGGACCGUGGUGUCAACGCUCUUGGUGCCCGAAACAAGAUGUUGAAGGUCUUUGAACAAGUCAAGGAAGCCAAAGCUGAUGGCAAGCUUGAAACCUCCGCGUAA